AUGGCGACGAGUAGCCCCGCCUAUCGCUUCUUCCAUUGGAAGAGCGAGCUGUGAUUGACACGCCACGCGGCCGGUUACGGAAGAGUUUCCUGAUGUUAUGUAAAAAUUGCUCCUUAAUAUAAGAUGCAUCCAGACUUGUCACCCCACCUUCACACUGACGAGUGUAAUGUGAUUAUCAAUAUGCUGAAGACGUGCCAUAUCGAGAACAAAUUUUUGAAAUUUUUGGGACAUUGCAACGAUAUAGAUCGAGAGAUGAGAAAGUGUCUUAGGAAAGAGUAUGAAAAUAACAGAAAUGAAAGCCGUGCCAGAGCAGAGAGAAUGAAACAGAAACUCUCAGAAGCCGUUCCUGAAAGACAUUGA